AAGUGGAUGUCAUACGUGGAUGUAAUGCGUGUAAUGCGUGAAAAAAUGGAAAAUACAGCGAAUUACGACAAUGGCGCAAAAGCUCCCGGGAAAAAAACAAAAACGAAGACUAACAAAAGUUUGCAACAAUUACUGAAAAGAGCAGUACAGGAUAAUAAGAGGCUGAAGAAGAAGUUAAGGAAGAGGAAAACGGACAAAAUGCGAAUUUCAAGUUCGGCUUUCAUCUGCGAGCCGAACACCGAUGACCCCCUACAAUGCUCUACGAUGGAAGAAGCCAUUAACCCGCCAUUGCCCACGAUGACGGCGUCAUUGAACUCUUGGGCGGUGGCAUCAAUGAACGUCCCGCCGUUCACCCCAGACGAAGGCGAGGACGAUAUUAGUCGCCGAUCAUUCGAAACUUGGAGGGACCUAUUGGAAGCGUCGCUAGCUCUGGUAGGAAUUGUCGACGAGGCGGCAAAAAUGAACGUCUUCAAGGUGAAGGCUGGUUCAAAGCUGCUAGAAAUUUUAGAGGAUGCACCAGCGACUUCGCUCGACAGUCAGGUCACUCCAUACUCAGGUGCUAUGGACCGCCUGAAAGCCUUCUUUGGCUCGCGCGAGUAUAGCCUGACACAGCGGCAGAAAUUGAGAAGUAUGGUCCAGCAGCAGAACGAGCAGGACUAGAAGUACCUCAAACGCGUAAUAGCUGCGGCCAAGCUGUGCGACUACGAUGGGUAGAAGUUACUGGAGAGCGUCGCUGACGUGAUCCAGCAACACGCGGUGCACAUCAAAGUGCGAGAGGCAGGUCGUAAAGUGCUACGCAAAGGGGGUUCGCUCUCGGACCUUGUCGACAGAAUCCGUGGCUACGAACUCACCCGGAGCAACGAGGAGAUUUACGCAAAAGCACACCCCGCAGCACGCGACGUUACAGU